AUGGGGAAUGGUUACGGUUCAGAUCCAGAUCAAUUAAAAUAUGCUGACGGUAUAUUUAUUGAACCUAAAACACAAAUUUUAUAUGUUGCUGAUGCUGCCAAUAAUCGUGUUCAAAAACGUUAUCCAAAUGGUAAAAUUAAAACAGCGGCCGGGAGACCAGAUGGCGCAGGUGGAUCAACAUUAGACAAACUAACGAGUCCUUCAGGUGUUUUUGCAGAUGAAAAUGAAAAUGUUUAUGUUGCUGAUUUACAUAAUCAACGAAUUCAAUUUUGGCAAAAAGAUGCCAAAAGUGGUAAAACAGUUGCGGGUAAUGGAACUACCGGGUCAGCGUUAAAUGAAUUUAAUUCUCCGAUUCGAGUUUUGCUUGAUUCAAAGAAAAAUAUCAUCGUGGUCGAUUUGCAAAAUCAACGUGUAACACAAUGGUCAUUACCAUAUGAUCCAACAAAAUCUGUUGGCACACUCUUAGCUGGUGGUAAUGGUGCAGGCCUUAAUCCAUAUCAGUUAAAUUUUCCAGUUGGAUUAUAUUUCGAUGAACCAAAUAAUAUGUUAUACAUAGCAAACGAUGCAUCCCAUUCAGUAACGCAAUGGGAACUUGGAACUUAUGGUACUAAGUCCAUAUAUGCAGGUAUUCCAGGCAGACCUGGUAGUUCUGCAGCUCAAUUAAACAGUCCCGAAGGCAUAACUUUUGAUAAGUAUGGUAAUUUAUAUAUCGCUGAUUGUAUGAAUAAUCGAAUCCAAAUGUAUUGCCCCAAUGCUGUAUAUGGUAUCACAAUUGCGGGUACUGGACAAAUGGGUAAUGGAAGUAAUGAAUUUUAUUUCCCCCGUGAUGUAGCAUUUGAUUCAGAACUCAAUUUAUAUGUUACAGAUACAUAUAAUUUUCGCAUACAAAAAUUUGAAAGAAUAAAAUAA